AAACGACCAUUUAUCCUGAAAUUUUACAAUGUAACCUGUACGAACUAUGAUGACCUGAUAAAGAAAUAUGAAUGCAAUAUAAAAAUGCUAUCCACCAGUCGCUAUGCUUACAACAUGUUGAUAGAAUUUAAUCGUGAUUUUCCUAUUUCUACCAAUAUUCGAUUAAUGGCCAUGUAUUACGGAAAGCCGAAUAGUAAAGCUGUCAAACUUUUUGAUGUCAAAUUCAAUUGGUGUGACAUGCUGCAACACACUGUCGCUGUGCCGGUGAUAAAGUCAAUCCUGGUGGAAAUGACACGAUCCAGUAAUUUUCCACUCACGUGCCCGUUGAAAGCGAAUUAUACCUAUACAAUUGAAAAUUUCAUUAUAACCGAAGAAAUGCUUCCUCCAUAUGCUGGCACAUGUAAUUUUAGCUACGACAUACUUUGA